AUUGGCAGACUAGCGCGAUGCCAAGGGUUAGCGACGUGUGUUUGGGUUUCUCUGUAGUUUAGCAAUUAUUACGAUUGAUAAUAAAUUACAGAAAACCAAUUGGGACCAACAGUUUGUUUCGUUUUUUUGAGUUCAAUUGUCAACAAUUUUGAAUAUCGCGGGUUAAUCAUUACUUCGGGUAUUUACGACAAUUGUCACAAAGUUCUAUUGGCGGUGCAGAUGUUCUGUUUCUUUCAAGUGAAAUCCCAUGUGCCAUGGCGGGAAUAUUAGAAAAUUAAGAAAUUUAUGGUAGGAGGUAAUUGGCUAUGGCAGCUGUGGCAGAAAUGGGAGAGGUAGAUGAAAUGAUUUCCAAAGAAGAAGGUGGGAUAAUAACUAAUGGUGAUAUAUCAAAUGACAUUGAUAUGGAAAAUGAUAGUCAAGACAGCCUGAAAAAAGCAAGCCUACCCGAGGCGAUGGAAGUAGAUGAAUUGGAAGAAGUAGCUAAAGGGAAUAAAUUAGAAAGUGCAAGUUUAACAGAAGAAAGCAAUGAUUGUAAUGAGGACAAUGAAAAUACGGCUGAAGAAGAAGAUGAAACGAGUUCAGUUGCAUCUGAAAUUCAGAGUGAAAAUCAUUCUGCAGCCCAUGAAGAUGAAAGCAGUCAGGAAACCAAGAUGAGUGAAGAGCAUACGGAAGAACAGGAUGAGUCUAGUGAAGAACAUGAAGAAAUAAAAAACAUUGACUCCAGUACCAAAGUGGAAGAUGUUACGAAAGAGAAAGAAGAAGCAACCAAUGAGGAAGAGGAAGCUAAUGAUGAAAAAAUUGAUAAAGAAGAUGAAGAAGACGAUAAAUCAAAAACUGAAGAAGAAAAUAGCACACAUAGUACAGAAGCCUCUGAAAAACGUGAAGAAAACAGUAGCAAAACUGAGGACCAAGAGGACAUUGUUCAUGAAAUCCACUCUGAUGAUGAAGAAGUUGAAGGGAAAAAUAAAAUUAGUAAUAUGGAACCAAUUGAACUGAACGAUUCUGGCGGCGAAGGAGAUGGAGAUGUGAUGUUUGUAGAUGAACCGAAACAAAAUGGCACUACCGAAAUUAUCAAUGUAGACUCAAGUCCCAAGAAGAAAGAACAAAAUAAAAUUAAAACGGAAGAUCCAGACAUAGCUCCUCGUAGGAGUUCGAGGAACUUGAACAAGAGCAAGAGUUAUGUCGAAAGCGACAAAGAAAGUGAGAAGGAAGACUCUCCUCAUAUAUCUGAAGAAUCUGACGUGGAAGAAGUUCUGCCUCAAGACCCUUUGGCAUGCAGCGAUGCGGUAACCGUCGAAAGGAUACCGGCCGGUCCGAAACCGCCAGGUAAAUCUCCCGCGAUAGUGGUAAAAAAUACUAAAAGACUGGUAGAAAUAGCUUCUAAAUCAAAUAGUUCUCCUCAGGGUAAAAAGGAGCCUACUCUCGUUAUUAUUGAUACUAAUUCUAUUUUAUCAGGUCGCGGACCAGUUCCUGUGAAUAGCAAGCCUAGUCCCAUCCCGUUGAAUUCAUCCAAUUUCCAAACAGUACUCCCGAUGGCUCUGCCCGCCCAAGGAAUGUAUCCCCCCAAUAUGAGAGCAACAAUAACCCCCAUACCAAUAAACUCGACCAACAUUGCCAGUACCCCACCUCCUAGAUCCACUCCUGCCACAAUAACUCCUGCUGUGACUACACCCCUACUUCCUACCCUCACCGAUGACAUGUUCGUGGUGGAAGCACCUUCGUUCAUAGUCCCGUAUGUUUACGAAAAACCACCCGUGAAAGACUUUAAACAUUUCAUCGAAGACAUUCAGAAAGAGAUAAAAGAAAAAUUGAAGAGCAUAGAGAAAAAAGAAGCGCUUGAGAAGAAGGAAGGGGAAGAUAGUGGGGAGAAAAAAGAGGACGAGGAAGAUGACGAGAAGAGCGAAAAAGGCACUGACGAGGAGGAAAUAAAAACCGAGGACAAGAACGAUCCUGUCUAUGUACCGAAGAAGGAAGUAGACGAUCCCAAAAAACCGUACUCCUACUUCGACAGUCCCCUAGGCAAAUUCUUCAUCAACAUCGGCUUCGGUCUCGUCCAGGAGUUCGUGCAAACCGACCUGCUGAAGCAGCAGAAGCGCAAACACAGCCGAGAAGGCGGAGCCAAUCCGGAGACCGAGAAGACUAUCAGAUCGCUGGUCAAGCACCUCGAGCAGUGCAAGCCCCAAAACGAGCACUUCAAGCUCGAGCUGAAGAAGUGCGAGUUCUGCAACUUCAAGACCGAAUCGGCAUUGGCGAUGUCCUAUCAUCUGGAGACGCCCCACAUGAAGAACUUUGUCUACAAGUGCAACUUCUGCGCGUACGAGGUGCGCAGCCCGCAUGACAUCCUCUUCCACAUGGAGGCGGAGCACGCGGUGCGCGGCCACCUCGAACGCGCCCCCGCCUUCCACCAGUGCCCCAAUUGCCCGUUCGAGGACAACGGCAAGGGCAAGCUGUCCCGCCAUCUGGUCACGUGCAUGCGCAAGUUCAAGCCCGAGCGCAACAUGGAGCCGCCCAUCGAUUGGGAGCCGCCCGCGAAGAUACCGAGAGUGCCCAAGAUCCGGCAGCAGGGGCUCAACGCCACGGCGGCGGCGUACCAGGCGAUGUCCAAGUCGUCGCAGUACCAGUUCCUGUCCAAGAUGCAGCUGCAGGGGUCGCCCAACGUGGUGAACAGGGGCAGGGGGCGGCCAUCUUUGGCUGGGACGAUGGGGGUGAAGGGACAGGCGAUGAUCAGACCGCAGGGGGCUAUGCUCAGGCAGCAGAACAUGAGCGGAGGGUCGGUCUUGGUGCCGACCAACUAUCAGCUCAAUCAGGUGUUCCAGGUGGUGGGAGGACAAGAGUUGAGCGGCCGGCUGGGUAAUCCUGGUCACGUCUUUCUUCCCAACAUGCCUUCCGCCUCUAGCACAAUGGCCAUUCAGAACCAAUCGAAGAAAUCCGGCCAACAGCAGCCGAGCAUAUCCAUCACCCCGCUCCCCCGCGGCGCCGCCGCCUCCACGGUCUCGCCGGCGCCGGCGGUCGCCUCCCCCGCCAAGCCGGGCGACACCGCCUCCAAGAACGCCUUCGUCAUCUGCGAGAUCUGCGACGGGUACAUCAAGGACCUCGAGCAGCUCAGGAACCACAUGCAGUGGAUCCACAAGAUCAAGAUCCACCCGAAGAUGAUCUACAACCGGCCGCCGUUGAACUGCCAGAAGUGCCAGUUCCGGUUCUUUACCGAUCAGGGAUUGGAAAGGCAUUUGUUGGGCUCGCACGGUCUGGUGACCAGCAGCAUGCAAGAUGCUGCUAACAAGAGCAAGGAUUCGGGAAGGUGUCCCGUGUGCGGAAGGGUAUACCAAUGGAAACUCCUCAAUCACGUGGCCAGGGAUCACAACAUGACCCUGAAGCCGGCCCACCUGUCCUACAAGUGCACCGUGUGCACGGCCACCUUCGGCAUGUACAAGCAGUUCGAGAACCACGUCUAUUCCGCUCAUAGCGUGGUCGCGAAACGCGUCAUGGACAAGAAGACGACGGCCGCCGCGACGUCGUCGCCCGGCGCCGUCGCCGCCGUCAAGUCGGAGCAGCUGAAGCCGCUGAAGAUCAACGACGAGAUAACGAUCAUCCCGCAGCCGGCCAAGUCGACGAACGGGGCGGGCAAAGAGGGCAAAAGCGGCACUGCGGGUACCAGUAAAAAUCCAGACAUGUCAUCGGCUAGUGCCUCUCGUGCCGAGAGAAGUGCACAGAAAAAGGUGGAUGUGAAGGAAUGAAAGUUGUAUAUAAAUAGAUUGUGUAUGGAUUACGGACUUUAGUAAAGUAACCAAAUUUAUGACAUUAUAUUUUUUAUUCAUGUAAUUGACCACUUCAGACAGAGGAAAAGCUGAGCAUUUUUGAUGAUUGGAUGGGUUAUACUCGAGAUCUGUACCUAUUAAUUACUAUUUAUUUAUGAGGCGAGAUCAAUUUCAAGUGGUAUAGGUUAUAAUAGAAUAUAAACAAAGUUGCACUAUUGUAAAGACUAAAGAAUAGAGUAGAGUUAUUACUAUAAUAAAUGUGUUUUUUUCUUUAGC